AUGGCAAGCUACGACAACAUAGUCCCAGUGCGACCUAUGGGUCGAUGGAGGGGGAAAGGAAACCAAGGCAACUCCGAUGCGUUCUACCCACCUCUAAUGACUCAUUGGACUGAGAAGAGGAAUUCGAGUAGGUUUCAGGAAUUCAGGCGCCAGGCGUGGGUGGGAUCAGGAGGUUAUGUGAGCUACUCCGAGGAUGAUCAGUAUUGCAGAGAGAAGCAUGGCUACCCCAAUCCUCGGUAA